AUGAUAGUUGUUGGUGAUUGGGGUGGGAUGGGAACACCGCCCUAUUGGAGCUCGGAUGAGCGGAAUACAGCAACAGCAAUGAGUGAAGUAUGCGAGGAUAGAUCGGUCAUGGCUGUGCUCAGUACUGGUGACAACUUUUAUGAAGGGGGUAUUUCUACCAAUGAGUUCGAUGAUAGAUUCAAGAGCACCUUUGAGGACGUUUUCUCGUCUCCUAGUCUACAGGGUAUUCCUUGGUAUAUCGUAGCAGGCAACCACGACCAUAUUGGGAAUAUAUCCGCUCAGAUAGGAUACAGCAAACACAGUUCUCGAUGGAGGUUCCCGGCCUUAUUCCAUUAUCAUGUACUGAGCGUAGGAGCUGCUGUCAAAGUGCUCGUUGUUAUGAUUGACACCAUCGUUUUGGACGGUCUGGCUGAGGAAGGGUCUUCCUACAAUUGCCGAGAUGGGGAGGGGAUAUGUAUGAGCGAGACUCAGCGGUCUGCAUUGGAGUGGAUCGAGAACGCCUUGUCGAAGCAUGAUGGUGUUGCCGACUUCAUCCUAGUGGUUGGUCACUACCCUAUUUGGUCUUUGGCUGAGCAUGGUCCCACCUACCGACUGUCUCGACUGCUGAUGCCUAUAUUCACCAAAUAUCGGGUUACGGCAUACCUCUCGGGCCAUGACCAUGUCCAUCAACAUCUGUAUGAAUAG